GGAACGCCUUUACAUACUGUCCAUCAUGUUGGAUACAAUCAGGAUACCUGAUCUCGCGUUUAGAGACGUGUUAUUGCUCGACGUGGCAUGCGCAUUGACUGUUCACGCAAUCUACAAGCGCUUCGAACCCGACCUGUCUCACCUCUUCGUUCAGUUCAUCCUCCUAGUCGUCAUCCCAAGUCUCCCCGCUGCUUGUUUCUUGCCUCACUUCCAACAAGAUUCCGCCAUACUAGCCGUCCUUAGUGCUUUCGCAUUAUUCUAUUUCUCGCUGGUCACAAGUAUCGUGAUUUACCGCUUAUCACCAUGGCAUCCACUUGCAAAGUAUCCGGGCCCCUUCCUUGCAAAGAUAACAAAGCUCUGGGGUUUAUCAAAAAUGGCAAAAGGCAAGAAUCAUCUUAUGCAUAAGGAACUCCAUGAGAAAUAUGGGCCUUAUGUUCGGAUCGGGCCAAAUGAGCUCUCCGUAGUAGACGUCUCUGCAAUUUCUAGUAUUUUAGGCGGAGAUGGGAUGCCGAAAGGUCCAAUGUGGACCGCUCGUACCGGAAAGGGUGAAGAACCUGCCUUAAUCGGGAUACGCACGAUGCACGAACAUGCACGGCGCCGUAAAGCAUGGAAUCGUGCCUUCAAUACCUCGGCGGUCAAAGGCUACGAGCCGAUCGUACAAAAGCGUGCACUGCAAUUGGUCAGUGAGCUAAACAAACGAACGGCGAAAACGGGUGUUCCUUCUGUAGACCUGGCCCAAUGGUUGAGUUAUUUUGCGACUGAUUUCAUGGGUGACAUGGCUUUUGGUGGAGGUUUUGAACUCAUGCGAGACGGUGGCGACAAGCAAGGCAUCUGGACACUGAUCGAGUCUACCAUGCAUAUUGCGGGAAUAUACCAACACAUCCCUUGGUUCAUGCCUCUUCUGCGUAGGAUCCCUUCCGCACAUAAGUUCCCUCGUAUGAUGCGGGAAUUCUCCAAUGAACUCGUACGUGCACGAAAGGCAAAUGGAUCGCUCACCAAAGAUCUGUUUUAUCAUCUCAUUGAUGAGGACCAUGUGGAAAAAGUGACACCGACAGAUAAAGAAAUCACUUCCGACGGAACACUUGCCAUCAUCGCCGGGUCCGAUACGACUUCUACGACGCUCAGCGGCUUGUUCUACUACCUCCUAAGCAAUCCGAAUGAGUACAAGCGCCUGCAGGCGGAGAUCGAUUCUGUUUUCCCACCUGGCGAGGGCGAUCCAUUUGAUACGACGAAGCUUGCAGAGAUGCCAAUCCUUAAUGCAGUCAUAAACGAGACGAUGCGACUUCAACCUCCUGUUGGCAGCUACUUGCAACGUGCACCCGAAGUCGGGAGUGGUGGUAAAUGGGUCGGGGACCGAUUCAUCACAGAAGGAACAUCUGUAGUCGUCCCACCAUACGCACUCUUCCGCAAUCCGGCAUACUUCUCCCCAGCACCCGAGACGUUCUGGCCAGAUCGGUGGUUACAGCCCAACACCGUCAAACAUUUGAAGUCCUCAUCCCGAUCCGAAUCAGGAGAGGUGCACACGAACAUGGCAGCAUUCAUACCAUUUUCCUACGGACCUGCGAAUUGUGCUGGACGAGCACUUGCUCUUGCUGAGAUGCGGAUGGUCGUUGCUCUCCUUAUGCAGAGAUUCGAUAUUCAAUUCGCACCUGAGUAUGACCCUUGUAGAUGGGAGGAGGAGCUUGAGGACCAUUUCGUUAUGGCAAAUGGAGGGUUGCCAGUUGUGCUGACGCCGCGGAUUUAA